UGUUGUUUUGUUAUCUUGAUGUACUGUUGUGAAUGUGUUUCGUCUCAUUUAUUCAUCGUACGAGUUUAAUCCUUCCUAUCUAACUCCACACUUGGGUGGACUAUAGAUAAGUAUAAGUCGCAAUCGGAUACAUCAUCGUCUGUUCAGUGUUGAAGUAUCAGACUACUGCAAUUGACUACCAUAAACUUCCCAUCAUUGUCAAUGUCGCCGUCUUCCUCGGCUGAAAAGGCCAACCUCCAAUCCCAUCUCAACAACCUCGACCGUCAAUCCCAACAACAGGCACAGGAUUUACCACCAUCCUAUGAGAAUACUCUAAUCGAUGUCCCGACAUCCAGCCCUCGACCUCAUGGUCGCUCACGACAGUCACAACCUCGCAUCUCUAUCCCGACUCAGAACCCUCUACACUCACUUCAACGGCUCUCCCGCAUCAAUUUUGCCAAUUACCUGACUCAAAUCCCCGCUAGCACCCUUUCUACCGAUCAAAUAACCGUCACCACCACUCACCCUGAGCUAUCCUCUAAGCAGUAUGCAUUGGCCAACUUCAUUCGUGAACAGGCGGCUCUCCCACCAAAACCCAUCAUGGUGAUCCGUGGGUUUCGUGGAGGGCAAGAACUCGGUAGCUCGCCAAAUCAGGUCGACUUUGAGAUCAAAGCCAACUUGACGGGACUCUUGGAUUUCCAUACUGGAACAGAGGCUGAUGGGCGAGGGUCUAGUGAUAUGAGUAGGGUUAGAGUCAAGAUGUUCAAUCCACCAACAGGCUCGUCGCCAUCCUCGUCAUCGUCAUCCACACCACCGGCCCUUCGAGUCCGACCUAACGAAUCACCUCUCGAUGCAUGGAUUCGCACAUUCACCACCGAUUCCUCCUCUACGACUGGUGGAGCUGAGAAUCGGACUUUUACCAUAUCUCGCGUUCCCCUCAACCUCCCGGUUAGUGUCCUGGAAGGUCAUGUUCGCACAUUAAUUGCCGCCACCAGAUAUCGUGGUAAAGUCACAGUUGAAUUUCCUGUGCUUUAUCGAGAUGUGGUAGUCAGUCGCACCAGUGGAAACUGGUUUGUCAAGUUAGUCGGGCUGUACAAUGUUCGGAGGUUUGAAGUGGUGCAGUGUGUGUGGACGGUGGGAGGUGCAACUGAUGACGAUGAAGGGCAUGAUGGCGAUGCCACUGGUGGGCUGGAUGACAGUAUUGAUGCAGAUCGAGAGGCAGAUCGAAAUGCUAGAGCGGGUUUGGUGGCACAAGAAUGGUGGAACGAAUGGAAAGCAUCUAUAUUGAAUGCUGUACUGGGUAAGAAAAAGGGUUGGAUCACGGUGGAAGAUUGGUUAGAGGCAAAAAUGGGCGUUAGGGAAGCGGAGAAGAAGAAAGAUUGGGGCUUUGAUGGGAUGUAGAGUAGCCCGAGGGCCUAAGAGGCCACUAUGUACGCGAUGUACCUAUUGUUUGGCUGUUUUAUGAGCCCAAUAUCA